AAAUUCGACCGUUGAACGGUCGUCUUUCUGCAUAUAAAAAUUAUUCAAUCACUCCACUUUCUUAAUUCAAUCCUUUAAUCCAAUAUAUUAAAUUCAAUACAAUCUCCCCGAAAUCUGAAAUCUCUCUCUGUUAAUACAAAAUAGUUUCAUUAUGGAGGGAAUUAAGGAAACCGUUGUACCAAAAUCUCCCAUUAAUGAAACAGUUGUAACAAAAGCAAUCAUCAAUGAAGCUGCCGAAAGGAUUGUGGUGGUUGCAGCAGAGCCAAAAACACCGCCCCUUAAUCGGCCAACAAUUGUUCUUCCUAAUUCUCCAAUCAAAAGUGAGAAUACACCCGAUCGCCUUAAGGUCCCCAAGCCAUUUAAAUACCCUGAAAGGUACACAAGUCCAACUGAUCAAAUGAUGUCUCCUGUUUCAAAGAGACUCCUAAUUGUCAGAAGUAGAAAGGCCAGCACACUUUUGCCACCCUCCAAAGAUCGACCUCUUCAUCAACAUAUGGUUCAAGGUUUACGGCUUCAGGAAUCUGGUCUUUGUCGAACUUUGAAUUGCUGAUCAUGUUAGGAAAUUCUUUUUAUUUAUUUUUUUCCAAUUUGUCACUUCAAUAAACUACUACAAGUGGAGUUUAUGCUUAUUUCACCUUUCAUUUCUCAACCUCCAAAAUGUAGAAGGGUACACUGCUAUUUGUCUGCUUUAUAUAAAUCAGCAGACUUGAUCUACCAAGUCUUGUAGGGAUCACUUGUUUUGGUGUGUAGAUUUCACCUUUUUAAAUCCUCCUGCAAUGAAAAGAAUGGAUUCAUUUUCUCCUA